GCAGUUAUGGUGGACGCAGCAACAGCAGAACAGUUUCUGGAGGCCCAUCCAGAGUUCGCCAAGCAGUAUUACGACAUCAACUUCCGACCAAAGGUCAUCUCAGACAUGCUGGACAGCAACCGGAACACUGCAGUGGACAUCAGCAAGUUUCACGACCUGACGGCGGUCGAGGAGAGCGAGAUCAUGUUUGACCUGGUUCGGGACAUCCAGGACAACCUGCAGAUGGAGAGGUCCAUCUUCAAACUGAUGAAACAUCUGAGCUUCAUGAUGAGGGCUGACCGCAUGAGUCUGUUCAUGUACCGGCAGAGAAACGGUGUAGCCGAGCUCGCCUCCAGGUUAUUUAAUAUCCACAAAGAUGCUGUGUUUGAUGAGUGCCUGGUGCAGCCCGACAGUGAGAUUGUAUACCCACUGGAUAUGGGCAUCGUGGGUCACGUGGCCACCAGCAAGAAGAUGGUCAACAUUCCUAAUGUCAAUGAGAGCCCUUAUUUCAGCAACUUUGUGGACGAGCUGACAGAGUACCAGACCAAGAAUUUGCUCGCUGUCCCCAUCAUGAACGGUAAAGACAUGGUGGCCGUCAUGAUGGCCGUCAACAAGGUGGAUGGUCCGAGCUUCACUGGUAAAGACGAGGAGACUCUGAACAAGUACUUGAACUUUGCCAACUUAAUCCUGAGGGUUUUCCACCUGAGCUACCUGCACAAUUGUGAGACCAGGCGAGGACAGGUCUUACUGUGGUCAGCCAGCAAGGUGUUUGAAGAGCUGACGGACAUCGAGCGACAGUUCCACAAGGCUUUGUAUACGGUCAGAGCGUUCCUGAACUGUGACCGUUACUCCGUGGGUCUGCUGGACAUGACAAAGACCAAAGAGUUCUUUGACAUGUGGCCAGUUCUGAUGGGAGAAGUUCCACCGUAUGAUGGCCCAAAAACACCUGAUGGCAGGGAAAUUAACUUCUACAAGGAGAUUGAUUACAUCCUGCAUGGAAAAGAGGACAUCAAAGUCAUACCGAAUCCUCCAGCAGAUCACUGGGCUCUGAUUAGUGGCCUGCCAACCUACGUUGCAGAGACCGGACUGAUUUGUAACAUCAUGAAUGCAGCUGAGGAUGAAUUUUUCAACUUCCAGAAAGAGCCUCUGGAUGAGUCGGGCUGGACCAUUAAGAAUGUCCUGUCAAUGCCAAUCGUCAACAAGAAAGAAGAGAUUGUGGGCGUGGCCACAUUCUAUAACAGGAAGGAUGGGAAACCCUUUGAUGAAAUGGAUGAAACACUGAUGGAGUCUCUGACCCAGUUCUUAGGGUGGUCGGUUUUGAACACCGACACCUACGACAAGAUGAACAAGUUGGAGAACAGGAAAGACAUCUUCCAGGACAUGGUGCUCUAUCAUGUCAAAUGCCGCAAGGAUGAAAUCCAGAACAUUCUGGACACCAGGGAGAGAUGGGGGAAGGAACCAGAUGAGUGUGAGGAGGAGGAGCUGGAAGAGAUUCUGUCGGAGGUUUUGCCAAGUUCUAAGAAAACUGAGAUCCUUGAGUUUCACUUCUGCGACUUUGAACACAGUGAACUCGACUUGGUGAAGUGUGGCAUCAAAAUGUACUACGAACUCAAAGUGGUGGACAAGUUCCACAUUCCUAGAGAGGUUUUGGUGAGGUUCAUAUAUUCUCUGAGUAAAGGCUACAGGAGGAUCACCUACCACAACUGGAGACAUGGAUUUAACGUGGGACAGACCAUGUUCACCCUGCUGAUGACAGGCGAUCUGAAGCGAUACUACACUGAUCUGGAGUGUAUGGCGAUGGUUACCGCCGGCCUCUGCCACGAUAUCGAUCAUCGUGGAACCAACAACCUCUACCAGAUGAAGUCUGGAAACCCUCUAGCGAAGCUUCAUGGCUCCUCCAUCUUGGAAAGACACCAUCUGGAGUUUGGAAAGACUCUGCUGAGAGAUGAAGCUUUGAACAUUUAUCAGAAUCUAAACCGUCGUCAACACGACAUUGUGAUUCACCUAAUGGACGUCGCCAUUAUUGCCACUGACCUGGCUCUUUAUUUCAAGAAGAGAACAAUGUUCCAGAAGAUUGUGGACCAGUCCAAGACCUAUGAGAACUGGAAUGACUGGACCAAGUACAUGAUGCUGGAAACUACACGCAAAGAGAUUGUCAUGGCCAUGAUGAUGACCGCCUGUGACCUGUCAGCCAUCGCCAAACCAUGGGAGAUCCAGAGCAAGGUGGCGCUGUCUGUUGCUGCUGAGUUUUGGGAGCAGGGAGACCUGGAGAGGACAGUCCUGCAGCAACAACCAAUUCCGAUGAUGGACAGAAACAAGGCGGAUGAGCUGCCAAAGCUGCAGUGUGGUUUCAUCGACUUCGUCUGCUCCUUCGUGUAUAAGGAAUUCAGUCGUUUCCAUAGUGAAAUCCAGCCCAUGCUGGACCGCUUAUUGAACAACAGGAAGGAGUGGAACGCCCUGAAGGAGCAGCAUGAUGCCAAAGUGGCAGCAAUCGAGGAGGCCAGGAAAGCCAAAGAGGAAGCAGCUCAGAAGGCAGCAGCGGAAAGACAAGCAAAUGCAGCCCAGUCACAAUCAAAGACUUGUAUCAUCAGCUAGAGAUGGAACUGCUCCACCAACAGCUCACUGUGUGUCAUUUGUGGUUCAGUGCUGGUCCUUGAAAACACGUUUUCUCUCAGACGCUUUUUAGUUUUUAUUAUUUAAUUUUUAAAAGUAUAUCUGAAAUUACAGCACUUUCUGAAACCUUUUUUUUUCUUUUUCCUGCUCUGCUUUGCUUUUGCUUUCUGUCAGCUCGUGGUCCCCAAACUAGCUCCUGCACAAAUUAAAAGCCAAAGUUUGUCGCUGACUUUUCA